AUGCCUCCUUGUCAGAAGGCCGUAAGGCCCAUGGCGCGAUGCCUACAGAAUACUCCGUCAUUAUAUCUAACUGCAAGAUCAAUACGAACGUUUACGAGCUCCACGACAUUCAAUGCAGAAGCUGCGGCUCAGGAAGCAGCGCCUUCUGGUCUCGACCCGGCAACUGUCGUAAGACCGGAAAAUGAGAGGAAAUUGAUGAGACAGGGUAUCAUGCCCAUAGGAUCAAGACGUCGUCGUGCGGCGCUGAAGACUUCCGCCAAUAUCCCCUUUGAACAAUUACCAUAUCAAUGUUUCCAAGAAGCUCGAAAGGUCUUACAAGCGGAUAGAGAGGAAAAGUUAGAGAUGAUCGCGAAGGAGAGAUUGCGGCUCAGGAACUUGGAGGCACAGGAUGCAUCAGUUAGUGGGGGUGAGAAGCAGAAGCAAACCAGAAUAGAAAGUAUAAAGAGGUAUUUGGAGUACUUGAAGAUCCAAGCAGAUAUCAAUGAUCCUUUGAUCAAGAAGCGAUUCGAAGAUGGUGAAGGUGAUAUGAACAAGCCAAUCUACCGCUACCUAGCAGAUCGAAAGUGGCGCGAAUACCAACGUAAAAUAAUUGUCCAACGUUUACAACAAUUUUCGAUUGUCCCUGAUCUUCUUCCUCAUUUCGAACCUACCGCCGAAGUUCGUCUCGCGUUCCAAGCACGUAAUGUUCAACCGGGCGAUUAUGUGGACUCUAGAGUCAGUGAAUUCCCAGCUAGAUUAAAGGUCCAAGUUUUCGACAAAGGGGAGAGACUCGUCAGUGUCGUGGUUGUGGAUGCAGAUGUUCCAAACGUAGAGAAUGAUCACUUCAACACGAGAUGCCAUUACCUUGCUGCCAACAUUCCAAUUUCACCGGUACAAGAUUCGCUACCACUAUCCAGAGCAGAACCAGAGAGCCAAUUGAUCUUGCCAUGGCUACCACCAUUUGCGCAAAAGGGAUCACCAUAUCACCGAUACUCAAUAUUCGUAUUAGAGCAAAAGCCCGGACAAGUUCUGGACGUAGCAGCCCUCAAAGAAUUAUAUCAACGUGAUCGAUUCAAUCUUAGAGGUUUCAAAGACAGACAUGAUGUACAACCCAUAGGAUUGGGACUUUUCAGAAGCGAAUGGGAUGAGGGUACCAAGGGAGUUAUGCAGAGAGCAGGAAUCGAAGGAUGGGACAUCGAAUUCAAGAGAACGAGAAUCCCGGCACUCAAGCCAAAACAGAAGGCUAGAGGUUGGGAGGCACGUCAUGCUAGUGAUAAGUAUAAGUCUUUGAGGAGAUGA